UCGGGGCGCGGCGGGCGGUGCCGUCGGGGCCGUCGGCGGGCAGGGUGAGCCCGGCGGCGCGGGGCGCAGGCAUGGGCAGGGUGCGGGGCGCCUGCGGGCCGGCCCUGCGGGCGCUGCUGUCCCUGGCUGCUGGGCUGCUGGCGUGCGGCGAGGGCAGCGAGUACGACUACGUGAGCUACCAGUCCGACCUGGGGCCCUACCCGGGUGGGCGCUUCUACACCAAGCCCCACCAGUGCGUGGCCAUCCCGGCUGACUUGCGGCUCUGCCACAGUGUGGGCUACGACAAGAUGGUGCUGCCCAACCUGCUGGACCAUGAGACCAUGGCCGAGGUGAAGCACCAGGCGAGCAGCUGGGUGCCGCUGCUUAACAAGAACUGCCACAUGGGCACCCAGGUCUUCCUCUGCUCCCUCUUUGCCCCCGUCUGCCUGGACCGGCCGGUUUACCCGUGCCGCUGGCUCUGCGAAGCCGUGCGUGACUCCUGCGAGCCCGUCAUGCAGUUCUUUGGCUUCUUCUGGCCGGAGAUGCUCAAGUGCGACCAGUUUCCCCAGGAUGAUGUCUGCAUUGCCAUGACAGCUCCCAAUGCCACUGAGGUAUCCAGGCCCAAAGGAACGACUGUGUGUCCCCCUUGUGACAAUGAGAUGAAGUCAGAAGCCAUCGUCGAGCACCUGUGUGCCAGCGAGUUUGCUCUUAAGAUGACCAUAAAGGAAGUGAAGAAGGAGAAUGGGGACAAGAUGAUCAUCCCACGGAAGAGAAAGGCGCUAAAGCUGGGGCCCAUCAGGAAGAAGAACCUGAAGAAGCUGGUGCUGUUCCUGAAGAACGGCGCCGACUGCCCCUGCCAUCAGCUGGACAACUUGGGCCACUACUUCCUGAUCAUGGGCCGCCAGGUGAAGACCCAGUACCUGCUGACGGCCAUCUACAAGUGGGACAAGAAGAACAAAGAGUUCAAGAAAUUCAUGAAGAAGAUGAAGUCACCAGAUUGCCCGACAUUUCCAUCCGUCUUCAAGUGAUGAAGCGGGCGGCGGGAGAGCUGCUGGCCCGCGCCCUGGGCAUGGCGGUUCCAGUCUCGCUCCCUCUGUUGUGGGCGCGCAGGGGCCAAGCCACUCCUGUUCCUCCUCAUCCCUCUCAGAGCUUCCUCCCAGGUCCCAGCCCUCCCGCAUUCCCCCGCCGGCAUUCUCCUGACUGCCAGAGCAUGCGAGUGUGAGCAAGCACUGAGCAGUCUCUGAGGUCACAGACUAUUUGCAUCUGCAAUAGCCAAAGACCUAGUGCUGCAGGGAUAAGUAAAUUCCUUUAAAUAGCAGCUGUCAGGUAAAGAGGGCAGGCAGAGGGAUGUGAAGUUGUCAAUUACAUGAUUGCAGAAAGGACACUUGUGACCACUUUCCUCCUGUGUUCAUGGCUGAAGGAGCACCCUGAGUUAAUUCCUGUUUGAACCAGAGCCAGCUUGUUAGAAAAACAUUCCCUCCUGACAAUAAAGGUUAAUAAAAGAGUGAUGGAGAAUCUACCACAACCUCGGAUAGAACCUCCUAAUAGCUAAUUGCCCUAGCUGACAAACAAACAAACAACAUUCUAGUCUAAAUCUGUUUGGCCUGGGCCCGAGCCCUGGCAUCCUCAUGGUGCCUUGGCUGGCUGGAUGGGAGAGGUCCUGGCCCUUGCACCUCCCAGUGCCAGCCUGCCAAGGCAGAGCCCCGUGCCCGGCCUCGUCCCUGUGGAAAUGUGUGCUGCUUGGUGGCCGGCCCCGCUGCUGGCAGAGCCUGCGGCCAGCCCCUCUGGUUUGUGUCACUUGCUCACUUUACCAGUAAUAUUUCUACGGUGUCUUCAGGCUGCUGGCCAAAUAUCGGAUUGCAGAAGGGCAAGGACUGGUCCCCAUGGAACACCGCAGGAAAUGCAUCAUCUCCGCGUUUCCCUCCCUGCAGUCACCGUGGGACCUAUCAGUGUCUGGACUUGAGUCCAUUUGAUGUGUGACAACUUGGCUUUAUGUCAUUGUGUUUUUUUUUUUUUUUUUUUUUUCUUAAUCAAAAUGUCAUGUUAGCACGAGGUCAAGUCAUUUAUGAAAGACAAAGACUAUUGCAUCCAAAUGAUUACAUUUAUCGACCAAGCUGAAAUUCAUUAUUCUGUUAAUUGGACAAGUUCUCUUUCCCAUAGACCCAUAUUGCUCCACAUUAAUUAUACUAUCCUGCUUCCAUUCAUUAUUCUCAUAAAUCACGAUUGCUCUAAGAGAAUGAAUAUCUUGCAAUUUGAGAUAAUCCUUUUGCAUUGCAGUUAAGUGAAAUAACAAAAACUAAUUUUUGAGGUUUAGACCAACCCUGCUCAAAGCUGGUGAAUUAUUUUCUAGCUCAGGAGUGCUGUUUAUUCCCUUUAUGGGGUUUGAGAUGUGGAUUUUACUGUAGACAAAUUCCAUGAAUAAGCCAAGCACCCAGAUGAAUGAUGUUUCGAAACUACCAGAGAGCUGGAGUUAGGAUGUAAACUCUAUAGGAAAUCCCACAAAGUUGUCUUAGACCACCAUGUGUAGUAGUGUUGUUUCUUUGAUGCAAAGUUAAUCAUUGUAGAUAAUGUACCUUAUCAGUGAAUUAAAACAAAAACCACACAAAAAACACUCUAAGCUUUAGCACCACAGAUUGAUGAGGCGAACUGGUGGGGAAAGCGGACAAACGAAGCCUCGUCAGGAGGAGGCCAGGGCCGGCGGUUGGGACCCUUUGGGCUGCCAGCAUGGUUCUCUUGGUGCACCCGUGGCACCAGCUGGUUUCUUCCCGCAGAUGAGUGGCAGUGCAGGAGGGGAAUUGGUUCUGCAUCAGAGAGAUGCUUAAAGGUUUAGUUGGAGUGGAUUCUUCCAGGCUCUCACCAGGCUGCUUGUAUGGAUCCUGCUGGCCACUUCUAGAAAAGUGGUCUUCGAUUUAGUGUUUUUAAAAUAUGUAUUUCAGCAGGAAAUGUCAAAUAAAAGGGAAAAUCAGUUCACGGGUGUUUAGAGCCACUGCUUAGAGUGGCUUGAUUUCCACCAGUGGCCCUUGAGCCUGAACGCCUGGCUUCAGAGGUGGCUCAAACAAACAGGGCAGCACUGUGUUCCCUCGCACCAGUACCCAGCAUGCAGCAACACAGUGAGUUUGUUAGUGCUGCUGGUGCUGCUUUUUUCCACAAGCAGUUGGGAAGAACUGGUAAUAAGAGAGUACCCAGGAAAGGUGCCUUUUUCUCUUUGCAGCUGUUUUGUUCAUCAUCUCACAGACUUGGUCAGAGCUGCCCGGGAGCUCCCUUCCCACUGGUGGCUGUGCCAGUGUGCGGUGGCAAGGGGUAGCAGCGAUCCUCCUGGCUGCAUCCAGGGCUGAAGAAGUCCUGUUUCUCCGAGUCACUUGGGGGAAGAUAAAAUUAUCACUGUAAUUACAGGCUAAAAGCAUACUAUAAUUAUGUUACUGGUUGCUCUAUCAGUUACUUUAAACAGCCCUCUGAUCCUGUAUGUUUGUCCUUGAGAAGCAGAUCAGAGCAGCUGAGCAGAUUCACACGUCGUAUUUCAGACAUGGUAUUUUGGAUGUUUCAAUGUAUGUGGACAGGAAUUGUACCAUUCUCUUGCCUAACUGCUCUGUUAUCUGUCAGCAGUUCCUGCAUGGAUCUAGCUGGCAGAUUGACUAUGCAUCUCUCUCUUUCCUUUGUACUCUCUUUGUAUAUGGAGGUUUUGAUAAAAAUAACAGAACUAAAAUAAAUAUGUUUGAUGUAACAUCAUGUUCUAGUCAGUUAAGGUAUCUUUAUAUUUUGUUUUAAUGUAAUUUUAGAUAGUUAAUUUAGAAAAGUGUGCCAGAUUGGAGGGGAUGCCUUUUCUGUUUGGAAGUUUUGAGAAAGAAAAAAUGUAAAAGAUGAGUGAAAAUCAGCACUGUAAAGAGCGACCUUCUCGCAGCACUGAACAAGUGCAAGGCUUUUCAUUGCUGUAGCUGGUGGGAUGCUAGUGUUCACAGUACAUUAUUUUAGCAGCUGUUUUUGACUUACAUUUAUUUUCAAGCCUAAUAUUGGUUCUGUAUUUUUAUGCUUUUUCUUCCAUGUAUCAAUGUUCACUUAACUAAAAUUGCUGAAUUAAUGAAUUACAACAUGAUCCCCCCUCCACCCCUUUUUAUAAAGAGAUGUUGUUUUCUAUCCUGCA